AAAUGGUUAAAUUAUUAAGUCCAUUAACAAUUGAGCUAUUAUUACUUUUUGAUCUAUAAUUUUUUCUUUUUUUUUUGUCGAAGAUAACCUAAAAACUUGGAAAAUACAUGUCAAAAUAGUAAUUCUGUUUAGCAUGUUCAUGGGUGCGUACCCAACGCCGCCGCCACCACACUGGUACGGUGGGUAUCCACCGCCACAGGGUGCGAACCCACCGCCGCCACCACACUGGUACGGUGUGUAUCCACCGCCACAGGGUGCGAACCCACCGUCGCCACCACACUGGUACGGUGGGUAUCCACGGCCACAGGGUGCGUACCCACCGCCACCACCACCAGCACCACACUGGUACGGUGGGUAUCCGCCUCCUCCUGCACAGGGUUACGGUUAUACCGGGCACCUGCCUUAUGGUGGGCAUGGGAACAUGCCGGUCCAACAGCCAGCAGCCAUGCUAGGACAAGUGCCGGCGGGCGGAUUGUUGGGCAGUUUGUUCCUGGUCAAUAUGGGAUGUGAUGCUUUUGCCAAUUUAACGGAUGCGCUUGGCGGUUUGUUGGAUCUGUAAGAAGGUUUUUUUUUUUUUUU